AGCGAGACGCGGAGAUUGAAAUUAGAUUCCCGGAAAUCCUUCCAUGGAAUCGUCAGGGUAUGUGACUUCCUGUUCAGCGUCCAGGCAGAUGAUAUAAAAUCAUAUCUGGCGACCAAGGACGACUUUAAUGUUAAGCACUUCGGUUGUCUAAGAUUUUAUUUGUUUGGUGUAUCAUACGAUGGAUCAGCAAGACUGGUUUGGACUUGAUCUUACUCAAUUUGGGAGCCUGGACAAUCUUCCGCCCCUUGAGUUCGGUACUCCUGAGGGACAUCUUGGCCUCGGAUCAUCACUAGGACCCAGCACUGCGGCUGAUGACGAGAAAAGAAUCCUAAGAAUUAUCCAGGACAUGUCUCUCCGGAUGGACCUUUUUGAGCAGAGGCAGGCAGCAAGGGACUCUUGCCUUCAGGAGCUCGUAGCGAGAGCGGAUGACGCCUUGAAGAAGCUGGAUAACGCUACGGCGGAAUUCCAGCAGAGCAUCGAGGUGCUAAAAAGCGGUAUGCAGAAAUUCACCGUGGGUCUGGUGCAGAAUAUCUUGGGUGACGAAGUUAUGACGGACAGCCCCGCAGAGCCGAGUACAUAGGCGAAGGUAGAUUGGGCAUGCUAUAUACAUUUCACUCUCCGCC